GCAUCUCUACAUGGGGGUGUCGGACCCCAGCCAGGGCGUUCCCUACUUCACUGCCAUGAGCUAUGUGGACGACCAGAAAAUUCUCCACUACGACAGUGAGACGCGGAGACAGGAGCCGCGCGAGGACUGGGUGCAGGGUGCCGUCAGACCACACUUCUGGGACAGGGAAACCAGGAGUUUGUGGGGCUGGCAGGGGGGAUUUCAAUCAAACCUGGUCACCCUGCGGUAUCGCUACAACCAGACCGGCGGGUCUCACAUGCUUCAGCUCAUGUACAGCUGUGAGCUCCAUGAAGACAACAGCACUGGAGGGUCCAUGCGGUUUGGCUACGAUGGGGGAGACUUCAUCAGCUAUGACCUGAGAACACGCACCUGGGUAGCAGAAACAACACAGGCCCAGGUCACCCAGCACAGGUGGAAUGAGGAUAAGGCCAUUCUUCAGGAUGCAAGAGCCUACCUGGAGGAGACCUGCACCACAUGGCUGUGGAAGUACCUGCAGCACGGGGAGGCAGCACUGCAGAGCAAGCAUCCCGUGGCACAGGUGAGCGACAGGCCGUCCUGGGACAGACGCACCAUCCUGUGCUGCCGGGUCCACAGCUUCUACCCCAGGGACGUAGCUGUCGUCUGGCUGAAGAACGGGGAGGCACAUCCCCAGGAGACAAGCCACUUGGGGGUCCUUCCCAGUGGAGAUGGGACCUACCAGACCUGGGCCACCACCGAGAUUGACCCAAGCAGCAACCACAACUACACCUGCAAUGUGGAGCACGAGAGCCUGGGUGCAGCCCUGAGAGUGGCCUGGGACAAGGGCAGGACGGAGUCCGACCCGAUGCAGAUUGAAGGCAUUGUUAUUGCUGUCGGUGUCAUUGUGCAGCUUGUUGCCAUGGCAGGCGCAGGGGUUUGCUGCGUCAAGCGGGCAGGACGGACAGCAGAACAUGGAGCAGCAACCUAUGAAGCAGCACCCGCCCAAGUAGCCGCGGAGAGGGAAGCCUUCGAAGCCGUGGAGAAGGAAGCUGUGGAGAGCAGAGCCUCUGAUGCCAUGGAGAGGGAAGCCUUGGAGAGCGAAGCUUUGGUGAGCAAAGCCUCAGCGAGCUCCGGUUCCUUCGGGUGAGGGCCAGGUCAAGGAGCACCUGCGGUGUGAGCGGUGCCUCCUGGGGUGUCUGUCAGGGAACAGGCAAGGGCAUCACAGGAGUUGGUGGGGAGGCUCCAAAGCAUCCUUCGCCAUGAGGAGUUCAUUGACUCGAUGCUGGAGGAGACCCCUGGGACUACGGAGGAAGAACUGCCAGAGGUAGCCCGAGAGAAUGGAGAUGACAGAAGGGCAGGAGGAUCCAGGGAACUACAGCCCUGUCAGCUUCACCUCAGUCCCUGGAAGAAUCCUGGAGCAGAUCCUUGAGGGACCCAUUUCUAAGCACUGGGAAGAAAAGAAGGUGAUCGGGAACAGUCUGUGUGGAUUCCCCAGGGACAAGUCAUGCCAGACCAACCCGAUUGCCUUCUACGACAAAGUGACUGGCAAGGCUUUUGAUACCGACUCCCAUAGCAUUCGUGGUAGCAAGUUGAGGAAGUCCAUUUUGGAUG